AUUUAUGAGUUCAGAAUAUCCCAUAAUUACAUGGAAGGAAUUGAUCAAGCACUUUAAACGGUCUUCCUUGUGGGUAGUGGUUGAAGGGAUGGUCUAUGAUGUGACUACGUAUUUGGAUAAGCACCCAGGAGGAGAGGAAAUUCUGAGGAAAUGUGGAGCCAAGGAUGCCACAGAAUAAUUCUUAGAAUAUAAUCAUUCUAAUUAUGCUCGAUCCAUCCUUGCUUCCAGGAUUGUUGGACAAUUAACAGACGAACCCCCACCUCACAAUUAUGCUCAGCUACUUAAACAGAGAAAAUAGAGAGUAAUAGUAAAUUCAAAUACAGAUUAAAAAUCCAUACAAAGCAAUUACUUGGGAAGAAUUAGCAUUCCAUAACACAUCGGAUGAUGCUUGGAUAGUGAUUGAUGAUGACGUGUAUGAUGUUACUGACUUCUUGGCUUAGCAUCCGGGAGGAAUGAAGUUGCUAUUGGAUAAAGCAGGAGAUGAUGCAUCCACACACUUUCACAGAAUCAACCAUUCUUAAUAAGCCCAUUAAAUAAUGAGUGAGUUGUAAGUUGGGGUGAUCAUAGGUACACUAUGUAAUCAUAUUAUUUCAAGGAAUCAAACCUAAGAAAAAGGAGAAACAAGCACCAACUAAUUAUGUCUUAAUAAUGUUUAUCAUAGUUGUAUUGUUUAUAUUUAUUUAUUUAUUUUUAUUCUGAUCAUAUAUAUAAUUGUUGUAGAUUCAUUAAAAGUUAUAACAUUAUUUUUAGAUAGUUUGAUAAAAGAGAUCAUUUUGGAAGUGCAAGUCUCGGAACGAAGUAUGGAUUAGCUUAUAUUAGCUAUUUUGAUAGCAUGUAUUAUUAUCAGAGGGGUUUCGAUUUCUGUGAUUGUUUACUCAUGUAUAUUUCAAAAAGUAAUAUAUUUAGAUUGAGUCCAGUAAGAGAUAACGUUGAUUAAUAAAAUUGA